GAUAAUGUAGGGAAAGGCAGCGUCGGUGGCUGGACUGGGACGUCUUCCCUCGGGCAAGCGGAGCUAGUUUUGCCGGUAUGAGAAAGAGGAACGAGUCCGUCACGUUGGAGCAUGAGCGCUUGGCCCCUGCGGCCUCUCCCUCGCCUUCCCAGUCCCCGCAGCUGGACCAGGGCUUCAGCCUGAGACCGAGCCCGCGCCCGCCUGGCAGCGCCCGCCCCGCCGGAGACCCCGGCAUGAAGCGACCGCUUGGCAGGAGACAUGGAAUGUGGUUUCGAUUGCGGAAGCUAGUAAUCUGGUUGUUGGGAGUGUACAUAGCCAUUCCAUUUAUAGUAAAACUUUGUCCUGGUAUUCAGGCAAAGCUCAUCUUCCUAAAUUUUGUGAGGGCACCCUACUUCAUUGACUUGAAAAGGCCCCAGGACCAAGGUUUAAACCACACCUGUAACUACUACCUACAGCCAGAAGAGGGUGUAACAAUUGGAGUCUGGCACACAGUUCCUGCAGCUUUAUGGAAGGAUGCUCAAGGAAAGGACCAACCAUGGUACGAGGAUACAUUGGGUUCUAGUAGCCCUGUAGUCCUGUACUUGCAUGGAAAUGGAGGUACAAGAGGAGGAGAGCACCGUGUGGAACUUUACAAGGUUCUGAGUUCUUUUGGUUACCACAUAGUCACAUUUGAUUAUCGAGGCUGGGGAGACUCAAUUGGCAGUCCUUCAGAAAGCGGACUAACUUAUGAUGCUCUUCAUGUUUUUGACUGGAUAAAAGCACGAAGUGGAGACAAUCCAGUUUAUAUAUGGGGGCACUCCUUGGGCACUGGAGUUGCAACCAACUUAGUAAGGCGUCUCUGCGAAAGAGAAACUCCUCCAGAUGCUCUGAUACUGGAGUCCCCUUUUACAAAUAUACGUGAGGAAGCAAGAAGCCAUCCCUUUUCAGUGAUAUAUAGAUACUUCCCAGGAUUUGAUUGGUUUUUCCUUGACCCGAUCACCUCUAGUGGAAUUAAAUUUGCAAAUGAUGAAAAUGUGAAGCAUAUUUCGUGCUCUCUGCUUAUUCUUCAUGCUGAAGAUGAUCCAGUUGUGCCGUUUCAUCUUGGAAAGAAGCUCUACAACAUUGCUGCCCCAUCUCGGAGUUUCCGUGAUCACAAAGUGCAGUUUGUUCCAUUUCACACAGACCUGGGGUACAGGCAUAAAUAUAUCUACAAGAGCCCAGAACUACCUCGAAUAUUACGAGAAUUCCUGGGGAAAAUUGAACAUGAGCAUCAUCGUCACUGAGGAGAUACCUGCAUGGUAGAGUUAAAAUUGUGUCACUUAAAAAAAAAUGCCAUUGUUUAAAACCCAAGC